AUGCCGCAGCAAACACAGGCCUGGGUCGUGGACGAACUGAACGGCCCCUUCGUUCUCCGCGAUGUCACUCUGGACGACCCCCUCGAAGAUGAGGUCUUGAUCGAAAUGGUGGCGAGUGGUAUCUGUCACACGGACCUCCUCGUUGCUAGCGGUCAUCUCCCCGAUAACAAGUUCCCUGUUAUCCUCGGCCACGAGGGUGCAGGCUACGUCGUCAAGGCUGGCGCGAAGGCCGGGCGUCUCCAGCCGGGUGAGCUCGUGCUUCUCUCCUUCGCCUGCUGCGAAGACUGCGACCCCUGCAAGACUGGGGCGACGUAUGCUUGUGACACUUGGACACCGAUCAACUUCCUCAAGCAGCGUGCCAGCGGCAACCCCGCUGUCGGCGUUCUUGGCGAUGGCAACCUGAAGGGCAAGCCAGUCGAAGGCUCUUUCUUCGGCCAGUCGAGCUUUGCCCGCCAUGCGCUGGUGAAGGAGUCGUCCUGUGUCGUCGUGCCAAAGGGCACCGACGUCAAGACUCUUGCUCCCCUUGGCUGUGGACUGCAGACCGGUGCAGGAGGUGUCUUCAACGCCGCCAACGUUCAGCCCCACAACACCGUCCUUGUCAGCGGCCUCGGUGGCGUCGGAAUGGCUGCGCUUUUCGCCGCCGCCUCGAUUGGUGCCAAGACUAUUAUUGUCGUUGACAUCAACGAGGAGCGUCUCAAGCUGGCGAAAGAGCUCGGGGCUACCCAUGCGGUCAACCCAAAGUCUCUUUCUGGAACGACGACGCCAGAGGAAGCCCGCCGACUAACCGACGGGCGUGGCGUCGACUUUGUUAUCGAGUGCACAGGACACCCGGCAGCAGCCAAGGACGCCUUCUUGUCGCUUGGGAUGCGCGGCCGUAUGGUGCAGAUUGGCUCUUCUCCCGGAGAGCUCAGCGUCGGCUUCAACGACAUUCUGCUCGGUCUCCGCAGCAUCGAAGCAUGCGUUGAAGGAAACGACUCUCCGCACCGUCUCGUUCCUCGUCUGGUCGAGCUUCACAAGCAGGGCAAGUUCCCGGUGGACCGUAUCGUCAAGACCUAUCCUUGGAAGGAGAUGCACCAGGCGCUCGAAGACAUGCACUCGGGCAAGGUCAUCAAGCCGAUCCUCGUGUUUGACCAGUAA